GCAGAAGUCAAAGAUGAAUUGGAGGAGUUGAUGAGUGACAUCAAGAAAACAGCAAACAAAGUCAGAGCAAAAUUAAAGAUGAUGGAGCAAAGCAUUGAGCAGGAGGAGAGUUCCAAGAUGAACUCGGCGGAUGUAAGGAUAAGAAAGACACAGCACUCAACAUUAUCACGUAAAUUUGUAGAGGUGAUGACAGAUUACAACAGUACACAAACAGACUAUAGAGAGAGGUGCAAGGGGCGUAUCCAGAGACAACUAGAAAUCACUGGUAAAUCCACAACAGAUGCGGAAUUGGAAGACAUGUUGGAGAGUGGGAAUCCUGCUAUCUUUACAUCAGGGAUUAUCAUGGAUACACAACAGGCCAAACAGACUCUAAGAGACAUCGAAGCACGACACAAUGAUAUCAUCAAAUUAGAAACUAGCAUCAGAGAAUUACAUGACAUGUUUAUGGACAUGGCAAUGUUGGUUGAAAGUCAGGGUGAAAUGAUUGAUAGGAUUGAAUAUAAUGUAGAACAGUCUGUGGACUACGUGGAGACCGCCAAAAUGGACACAAAAAAGGCAGUCAAGUACCAAAGUAAAGCAAGACGGAAAAAGAUCAUGAUUCUGAUAUGCUGUGCUGUACUCAUUACCAUAGUAGUCAUAAUCGUUAUCACACAAAUUAAGUAAUAUCUGCACUUCAAAACGCAUUAGAUCACUCAGAAGUUUUAAUACAACAGAAAAGUCCUGUCUAAAGAGGCAUAUGCAAAGAGUGUGGAAUUCGCGAUGUUUGAAAAUUGAUGUCAGCCAGUUCGAUUGCAAGGGGAAACGAGAAAAAAAAUCUUGAACUGAAAAGUCUAGUAAGAUCUUGUCAAGAGAGAAAUCUUGUUUCAACUGAUACUGUUUCUUUGGACUAUUGCAUAGAGACUGUCACUUUGAAUGAUCUCAUAGCAGAAAAAGGGUGUUAUGUGUGAACGGAUUGUGAGAUUGUUGGACUAUUGUGAACAGACCUUUGUAAUGUGAUGAAGCACAUGGCUGCUUGAUACAUGAAUGAGUUGUGAUAGCUUGAAAAGUUUUGUCUUUAUGUUGUUUGCGUAUCGAUGCAGCAUUAUUUGCUUGGUCUGCGGUGUUAUGACAAUGUGUCGUCAUUUGGCUACAAAUCUUUUGGAAAAAAUUCCAACAUAAUGUCUUGUGAAUGAGUUUCAGCGACAUAUUUAGUUCUUUAACUGUACUUGCAUUGUGCUUUCAAGUCAAAGCCAUAGAUGCAGUACAUUCUUGUAGUGAGGCUAGCUUGGAACUGUUUUUAUAUGGAAGUUAUUGCUUGUAUUUCAUUGGGGAAUUCUUUUCAGAGUGUAUCACUACAGAAGGGUUGUCGUAGAGUUUGGAUAUUGGUACUGAUUUCGAUGUGAAUGGAAAUUUCCGGAGGAUUGUAUUUAUCGUGGAAUCUAUUUAAUCAUGUAUUUAACAGUAGUAUUGUCCUCUCUGUCACCAGACUUCAAAGUCAACCACAUGAAGGUUAUUCAAGCAACCUGAUAAAUGCUGUCAAAAAAAUUUAGGAUGGAUUUAAAUUCAAGAUCAUUUCAUUUUUGUUCCUUGAAGAAACAUUCCUUAUGUACUUUUAGAGAUGUGUACUUUUAAUACUACCCGUAGCUUAGCUUGAUAAUUUGUAAAUAAAACAAUGUGCUUGUACGAUCAGCUAUCAUUUUGCAGUGAUAUUUGUGUAUCUCAGCUGUAAGUCGUUGUUCUGACUCACACACAAUAUGCAAAGUAUCUGUUUGAAAUAUUGGAGAAAGAAUUAAUUUCAGAGAUUUUUUAAAGUAAAUGUAGGUGACUGGUCAUCCAUGUUUGUCACAACCAUUUGAGUUUAAAAUUUAACAAGAAGAUGUAUAGUGAUCUCAUAGACAGUUUUAUAAUGUUUUAGUAACCUUAUGGUGGUAGGAUGACUGAGAAGGGGUGAAAUUGUAAUGAUCUGAUUUGUUUAAAGAUCUGCAGAUCUUCAAUGGAAUGUGGUGUAUUAAAAGUCAAAGGUGGUGUAUUAAAAGUCAAAGGUAAUGUUUGGAGAUCUCCAUGCAAAGAUCUUGGGGUAAAAAGAAUACUUGUUUUUGUAUUGAUUUAUAGUGCUAUCCAUGAAAAGUUUGUACACUUUUUCAGAUUAUACUGUACAAUAAUAGUCUUGUCUUUCACUUAUGAUUGUUUAAAGAAAUUCUUCUUUUUAAGUACAGAUGAGUACAUAGAUAAUAAAGACUUGAAACACUGAUGAUCCAUAGGACCUCUACUGUUUUAAUAAAUACAUUACUGCAUGUUUAUCCCUACCUCAAAAUAAUAGAGUUAUGAAGGAACCCAUAAAAUUUAACAUUGUCAUAGAAAGUAGAUUAUAAAUUAGAGUGUAAAGAGAAUUUUAAACUUUUAAUUGACGAACAUUGAUUUCCAUUAAGAAUCACAUUUGAUCACCUGAUCAUGCUUGUCACCUGACCAGAGAUCUGAAGAUUGCAAUCUUGGAUUGGAGUUUGUUUGAUAUCUAGUGACAGGAAUAGUAUUAUUGAUCCUUUGUUAUUAAAGACCAAUUGGGUGUUUCAUAAAGCUGUUCAUAAGUUACGAGCGACUUCAUACACGACUGGUGAUCCUUUCUUAGGAACUACAUCAAAACCAAUGAAAAUCUGGUGGGUAUCAUUUACCACAAGAAAAGAUCACCAGUCGUUCGUUGCAACUAACGAACAGCUUUUUGAAACACCCACCAGGGGUUGUUUGA